AUGGGAUCUAAGAGAAAGAAGGCCGAAAAACAGAAGGAUUUUGUUAAGGCAAAAUUGAGAGUCGGUAAAACAGCUGCUAAACCAGAUAACCAUACAGACACAUCAUUUAUCGCUAAAUCCAUUUCUAUACCGAAUCAAACCAUUAAUAAAAAGACUUCCAAUACAGAGAACAAACAUGAAGUCGAUUUGACGCAUCAUCUUUCUUUGACAAAGCAUCAUUCUGAUGCUACACGAAAAGAAGUCUUGAAUUAUAUUGAGCAACAUUUACCGUCUAAUCCAUCACUCUAUAAAGAUAUUUUAACAAGUAUUGUUCCAUUAAUAAUCGACCAGUCACAGAAUGUUCGGAAUGCUUUGAUUUCAUUAUUAGCAGCAUGUGCUACACAUCAAGUUGGUUUGUUGGAUUUACACAUAAGAUCUAUUAUCCUUUUUAUACACCUGGCGAUGAGCCAUAUUAAACCAGAUAUAAGAAAUAGCUCUACAAAAUUUUUGUCAGUAUUAAUUGACCAUGCAACAGAAUCGUUAGUUCGUUCGUAUUUCAUCAAAACAUUGAAGUCGUACUUUACAUUAUUAUCUUGGACUUUGACGAAUGAUAAGAAAGCGGUUUCCUUGGCCAUUACCACUAGUUCUUCUAUUGGAGGUCCAAGCAAGAAAGCACGUAUUCAUCAUUUAUCUAUAUUGAGAGCAUUUUUAUCUGCUGCAUUGUUUCCUAUAAACACCAAUGAAGCCAAAUUGGAUUAUUCAGAAAUAAAGAUGAUUCACCCUGAAUCGUGCAAGUAUUUGAUACCUUCCAGUACUCAACCAUUUGCAUCUUUGAAAUUAUUUGUUCAAGAAGUACCGAAGCAGAAAAAUAAGGACAUCCAACAGGACUCCAAAAAAGACGACAAUGCAUUUUCAAUAGGAGAUUUGGACACCAUCUCCACUGAGGACUUAGAUACCAGACGGAAAGUGAUGCUUGAUGUUUUUAUGGCACCAACGAUCAAGAAUUUGAAGAAUUUAAUAAAGGAAGGUGGAGAAGUUGGCAGGGAAGCACAUUCUUGUAUGAAAGUGUUAGAACAGUUACAAGAGGAGACUAAAUAG